GCUUUUAUUGUAAAUUUAGCAACCAAAGCCAUUAUGAUAUCUCUGCAACAGCAACGCAAAUCACCAAAAGCUAAAGAUAUAAAAUUAGUCUAAAAGAUUCUUAAAAAGAAAAGGAAAUUUUAGAAAUUCUCGAACAGAUGAAUGUUUAUGGGUUUGCAGAGGUUAACAAAGAGCUCUACAAACUAGUUCUGACAUUAUUAUAAACUGUUUUUGUGAGCUCCUUGAUUCGGUAAAAUGUCUCAAACCAACUGGGAAGCUGAUAAAAUGUUAGAUGUGUAUAUCUAUGAUUAUCUAGUGAAAAGAGAUUUGAAGGCUUCUGCUCAGGCUUUUCAGACCGAGGGAAAAGUAUCAUCUGAUCCUGUAGCUAUUGAUGCUCCUGGAGGCUUUCUGUUUGAAUGGUGGUCAGUUUUCUGGGAUAUUUUUAUUGCUAGGACAAAUGAGAAGCACUCAGAGGUUGCUGCAUCUUAUAUUGAGACUCAGUUCAUUAAAGCGCGGGAACAACAGCAGCAACAACAGCAACAAGCUCAACCACCUCAGCAUCAACAGCAGCAGCAGCAGCAGCAGCAGCAGCAACUACAGAUGCAACAGCUCAUAUUGCAGAGGCAUGCUCAGCAACAGCAGCAGCAGCAGCAACAGCAGCAACAGCAACAACAGCAGCAGCAACAGCAGCAUCAACAACAACAGCAACAACAACAGCAACCACAGCAACAGCCUCCCCAGCAACAGCAACAGCAGCGAAGGGAUGGUGCUCACCUCCUAAAUGGUACUACAAAUGGGCUUGUGGGAAAUGAUCCUCUAUUGCGCCAAAACCCUGGAACUGCAAAUGCCUUGGCCACAAAGAUGUAUGAGGAAAGAUUAAAACUACCAAUUCAGAGGGAUUCUUUGGAUGAUGCUGCAAUGAAGCAACGAUUCGGUGAUAAUGUAGGCCAGCUUUUAGAUCCAAAUCAUGCCUCAAUUUUGAAGUCUGCAGCCACUGGCCAGCCUACAGGCCAAGUGUUACAUGGUGCAGCUGGUGGAAUGUCCUCACAGGUUCAAGCUCGAAGUCAACAACUUCCAGGGUCCACACCAGACAUAAAGCCUGAGAUCAACCCAGUAAUAAAUCCCAGAGCUGCUGGUCCAGAAGCAUCAUUAUUAGGAAUUCCUGGAUCAAAUCAAGGUGGUAAUAAUUUGACCUUAAAGGGGUGGCCGCUGACUGGACUGGAUCAACUUCGCUCUGGGCUGCUUCAGCAGCAAAAACCUUUCAUACAGGCUCCUCAGCCAUUUCAUCAACUUCAAAUGUUGACACCACAACACCAGCAACAGCUUAUGCUUGCACAGCAAAACCUAACAUCACCAUCUGCUAGUGAUGAAACGAGAAGAUUGAGAAUGCUUUGGAACAAUCGGAAUGUGGGGCUUGGAAAGGAUGGCCUUUCAAAUCCUGUUGGUGAUGUGAUUCCAAAUGUUGGAUCUCCUUUACAAGCUGGUGGCUCUCUUUUGCCUCGUGGGGAUACAGAUAUGCUGAUUAAGUUAAAAAUGGCUCAAAUGCAGCAGCAGCAACAGCAGCAGCAGCAUCAGAAUGCUAAUCCGCAGCAGCAGCAGCAGCUUCAGCAACAUUCUCUUUCAAAUCAGCAGUCACAGAGUUCAAAUCACAAUCUUCAUCAGCAAGAUAAGAUGGGGGGUGCUGGUAGUGUCACCGUAGAUGGUAGCAUGUCCAACUCUUUUCGAGGAAAUGAUCAGGUUUCAAAAAACCAGACAGGAAGAAAGAGAAAACAGCCAGUAUCAUCUUCAGGUCCUGCCAAUAGCUCUGGAACUGCAAAUACUGCAGGACCAUCCCCAAGUUCAGCACCCUCAACUCCUUCAACUCACACACCUGGAGAUGUGAUCUCGAUGCCUUCUUUACCACAUAAUAGUAGUUCUUCAAAGCCUCUAGUGAUGUUUGGAACUGAUGGCACAGGCACUCUAACGUCUCCGGCAAAUCAAUUGUGGGAUGAUAAGGAUCUUGAAUUGCAGGCUGAUAUGGAUCGUUUUGUGGAGGAUGGAUCCCUUGAGGAUAAUGUUGAUUCUUUUUUAUCUCAUGAUGAUACUGAUCCUAGAGAUACAGUUCCUCGUAUGGAUGUCAGCAAAGGGUUUACAUUUACUGAAGUAACUUCUGUUAGAGCGAGCACAAGCAAAGUAAUCUGUUGCCACUUCUCAUCAGAUGGAAAAUUGCUAGCUAGUGGUGGCCAUGAUAAAAAGGCUGUGUUGUGGUACACGGAUAAUUUAAAGCCAAAAACUACACUUGAAGAACAUUCAUCAUUGAUUACAGAUGUUCGUUUCAGUCCAAGUAUGCCACGCCUUGCAACAUCUUCAUUUGACAAAACUGUCAGGGUUUGGGAUGCUGACAAUCCUAGUUAUUCAUUACGCACUUUUACGGGACAUUCUGCCUCUGUCAUGUCACUGGAUUUCCACCCUAGUAAGGAUGAUCUCAUAUGCUCUUGUGAUGGUGAUGGUGAAAUACGUUACUGGAGUAUUAACAAUGGUAGUUGUUCAAGAGUAUUCAAGGGUGGUACGGCCCAAAUGAGAUUUCAACCCCGUUUGGGGAGGUAUCUUGCAGCAGCUGCUGAGAAUGUUGUAUCUAUACUGGAUGUUGAGACACAAGCUUGCCGGCAUUCAUUACAGGGACAUACCAAGGCAAUCCACUCUGUUUGCUGGGAUCCUUCUGGUGAGUUUCUAGCAUCAGUCAGUGAAGACUCUGUCAAAGUCUGGAGACUUGGAUCAGGGAGUGAGGGGGACUGUGUUCAUGACUUGAGCUGUAACGGCAACAAAUUUCAUUCAUGUGUUUUCCAUCCUACAUACCCGUCAUUACUAGUUAUUGGUUGUUACCAGUCUUUGGAGCUAUGGAACAUGAGUGAGAACAAGACAAUGACUCUACCAGCUCAUGAAGGACUAAUUGCUGCCCUUGCCGUAUCGCCUGUGACAGGGUUGGUUGCAUCUGCUAGUCAUGAUAAGUUUGUGAAGCUGUGGAAGUAAUGUGAUUGUUUCUCCAGUCCAGGCGUUUAACCAUUCCCAAUUUAAAUGCUUUUGUUUGAUUAUUCUGGUAACUUGAUCUGGCCUAUUUUGUGUUGUAUUCAAUUUCAGGUCCUCAACACCAGAAACUAACCUUUUCCUUUUGUUGUAUCUGUAACAUGACACCUCUGUUCAAGCUUCUUGGACAGUCAUGUAAUGUUUUGUAUUCUACUAAGUAUAUGCUUUUCAUCCAUA